CGGGAGGUAUGGACUCAGAAGUCGAGAAACGUCAACGUCUUACUGGAGAAGGUAGACAACCAGGGUUACUCGUUUAAUUUUAAGAAGUCUUUUCAGUGAAGCAAUCCAUCGUGGCGGAACAAACGCCUUCACAAUAUCCCAUUAGCAAGCUGACAGGCAUUACUGGGGGCCGGCUUGGGGCAAAUACAAGGAAUUGGAGAGUGGAGGCGCAACACCUGUUGAAACGGCCUGCAGGGAGAGCGAGAGCCCCAGAAAGAAGCCAUGGAAUCCAGCCCGUUCAGCCGGAGGCAGUGGGCCUCCCAGUCCCUGCGCAUCACAGCCAGAGAGCUGUCUCUGGUCCCCACCCGCGGGAGGGGCAAUGCCAUCGCCGAGCGAUUCUCCAAGUACCAGAGGGCUGCUGAAGAGGCGAGUGCAGACAAGAAGAAAGUGGCUGUGGACACCCUCCCCCCCCAUCGCUCGGGAAACCUGAGCGUUCUGAAGAAGCGUUGGGAGCAGCCCCUCCGGCAGGCCAAGCCCACAGCCCCGCCCGCGGCCCCGCCCCGCUCGCGCCUCAUCACCCCGCCGCCCUCCUCCAAACCCGCGCUCCAGGCCACGCCCGUGCCCAGCCCGCUGGCAGAGCCGCCCGUCUCGGCCAAGUCGCCAAGCACACCGGGGAGCGGGAGUCAGUUUGUGUACCCCACGGAAGGAGAGCGAGAGCAGGAGGCCAUGGAGAGGACGCAGAGGAAGUCUGUGAGCGCGGAGGAAGAGGUGAAGUCCCCCGUGCUGCCCGUCAGCCCCCGGGAGAAACCCAGCGUGCCCCUCACCAGUCUGAAGAGGAUGUUCGAGAAGGGAGAGGCCACUCACCAUAAAGGGUCCAGAGAGACUGGCAGGACUGGAGGGAACAGCGCCACUGAGGACGGGGAACUGCGCCCAGGAGACAGAGGGUUUUCAGACGGAUCGUCCACCCUGGACAGGGUGCGGGAGACCACCUCCGUACGUGAUCGGCUGGCCAAGUACCAGGCUGCUGUGUCCAAAAAGGACCCUUCACCUGCAGUGCACAAUGCGGAGCAGACUGGACCGGAGGAGGACCGGAGCGCCCCCCGUGUGGACCAGAAGGAGAACGUGCCGCCGGUUGGCACAGCCACGAAUGACUCUGACCCUGCAUCCAGCAGCAGGAAGGCCUCCACCACAGACGGCAAUGGCCUGUCUCCGAUCUCAGAGACUCCAGCCCCCAGUGCCGGCGCCUCUGUGCCCCCCGCCUCCAAGGACAGCGCCCAGCCCAAGGCUGCCAGAAAGUUUGGCCGGCCGAUGCGUGAGACCUGUGUGGCCUGCCUGAAGACUGUGUAUCCGCUGGAGCGCCUGAUGGCCAAUCAGCAGAUCUUUCACAAAUCCUGCUUCCGCUGCUCCCACUGUAACACCAAACUGAGCUUGGGGAACUACGCUUCUCUGCAUGGCAACGCGUACUGCAAGCCGCACUUCAGCCAGCUGUUCAAGGCCAAGGGCAACUAUGACGAAGGCUUUGGCCACCGUCCGCACAAGGACCUGUGGACACCCCGGGCGGAGGAGGACGAGGAGGAGAGGGAGGGAGAGCCCCCAGCCCUCAGAACGGCCCCUACCCCCAAAGCGGCCCCCGAAGCCAAGUCACCAAGCCCCACCGUGGAGGAGUCUCCCAUCGCCAAGGUGACAGACCUGGCGGCUGACCUGGAGACGCGGGGGCACAGCUCUCCUCUGCCGGCGGAGAAGCCCACCGAGAAGCUGGCCGAGACGCGGCGGCUGAGAAUCGCCUGGCCACCCCCCACCGAGAAGGGCCUCGGGGCUCCCGACUCCGCCCUAGAAGGGGGCCAUGUCAGGCACUUCCGGGGUAAGUGGCCCCCGGAGGACGACCUGGCAGCCCCCUUGGCCCAGAGCUCAGAACGCUCGGAGCUCAAGAACCUCCGCAGGAGCGCCUCUCUGAAGGAGCGCAGCCGGCCCUUCUCAUUGGCCAUCUGCUCUCCCCCGACCCUCGACCCCGCCCCUAGAGAGCCACGCCGCCCAGUCAGGGGGCUGCUGAAGAGGAGGAGCUCCCUGGAGGCCACGCCCCCGGCCCCCAUGCCCCACACCAAUGAGCCAGAGGGGGAGCCAGAGCCGAAGGCGGAACCAGAGGCAGUGUCGAAGGCGGAGCCUGAUAGUGAGCCAGACAGGGAGGAAGUGACCACACCCGGAGACAGUGUCGUGAACGGAGAGGAAGAGGAGCGCAGCAGCACGCAGGAAGCCGAAGGUGCCUCCCCCACAGAGGAGGAGGCCAAAGAAACGGCAGGCGAAGACCAGGAGUCAGCCGAGGAGGAGAAGCCCACCCCAACCCUGCCAGAGGCUUCACCCUCCCCCCCGCCGGCGAGCAAGCAGAACAGGACAUCCCAGGACGUGGGCUUCUGGGACGGGGAGGAGGCGGAGGAGGAGGGCGGGGAGCUGUCAGUGGAGGAGAUGAUCAAGAGGAACCGCUACUAUGAGGAGGAGGAAGAGGACGAGGAAGAAGACCAGGAGGGCUGAAACGCCACCUUUUCCUACAUCCUGGGACUUCCUAAGUCUCAGAUUUCCCCCCAGAAAUUAUACAUUCCUUAAAAAUGCCAGUCUGACCAUUUUAGUGAUUUGCCUCCCUCCCCAUCUCACACAUCUUGUGAUCUGAACUUUCUUCUGAGUAGAGUAACCGCUGCUCAGUCCAGCAUGUUUGUUUCGGCACAAUCGUUUUAUGCUUUUAUUCUGUCCACUGAAAAAACUGCCACACUCCUGAGAACCAGCCUUUCAGAAACAAAAUAAAAUAACUAUUUUAAUCUCCUUUUCCCAGAAUCAUGAACAAAAGGAAACUACCGCACAUUUUCCGCAUUGGCCACAAGUUUGUGGGAGGAAAAAAAGCUUGUAUAUUUUUCUUUUGUAUCUUUUAUGCUGUAAGGUUUGUCAUAUGUUUAUCUUUUAAAUUGAACUUGGUACAGUUUUACAUUACUAUGGCUUUUAUACAGUGGGGAGGGGAAUAUCGUCUCACGAGGCCUCUGAACUGGAAUCUAUGCAUUAUAAUAAACCUUUUAUUUUAUAAAACUGUGGCCUUAUCUUCCGCUACGUAGUACAAUUAACUUCUUUGAUGGUCUGAGAUGAACCGGGAGUUUUGAGAAGUACCAGGGAUCAGCUCCUCUGCAAUUCUCAUCCAUCCAAACCCUUAUAAACCCUUUCAGGUGUAAGAUCACAAAUAUGUUAUUAGGAUAUUCUUAACUGAACGUGAUGCAAUCAUCACUACUGGUGCUUGAAUGCAAUGGAGGUCUAGAUCACUUAAAAAACAUUCCAACAAACCUACUCUUCAAUGGGUUGAAAUGGAUAGGAAGAGAAACUAUGUAGUGCUCUAUGCUCUGCAAACAAUUUUCUCUAUUUUUUGUGUUUCAUUUUGGAGGGGGGUGAAUUAUUGAGUGGGUUUGGUUGUGAGUGUGUGUGUGUGUGUGUGUGUGUGUGUGUGUGUGUGUGAGAAUGGACAUGGUAAACGGUGGAUAGUGUACAAUUCUCUUCCCUUUCUGAUAAGGAAACAAAUUCUGCAUUUUUAAUCUGAACUGUAAGAAAAAUGACAAGGAGUGAUCUCAUCAACUUGAGCUGUCCAUGAGCUGAACACUGUAAAUCCAUUAUUUGUACAACAUGAAAUAAGACUGUUCAAACAAAAGAAUUGCCUAUCCUGAAUACAAUGUUAUUUAUACAAGUCACAUACCCAUGUGUACUGCAGUAGGCUAUAUUUGCACAUUCAAAUUUGUGGUAUAAAAUACCCUUCUGUUGUCUUAAAGUCAUGCUGCCAGGCCAAUAUUAAUCUGUAAACAGUCCUGACACUUUCCCAGUGAUGCUGUAAUGGGCAUUUAAUUGGUUGUGUUUCCAUGUCUAUGUAAUAAAGAUGAAAAUGCA